GCAUUUUUUGGGUGCAGUUACUAUCUUCGAAGGCUUGUACGAUUUUAAACCAAUUGCUCUAGUCCAUGUGUUAGGCAUGUAUCAUUGUUUAUAUUCUUAUGGCAUCUAAACAUAUUAAUGACACUUUGGCCAGGUUCUGUCAUUGUUUCUUUUUUCCUUUUUAGGGAAAAUACCAAUAAGAUUGCUAUCACUGAGAAUUUCUUUUAUGGACUUCACAAGGUAGUGAAUGGAGCGUUGGCACCAACUGUCGAGCAUAUAAAAGAAAGCACAGUUGACGUGAGGCCACGUAUACAAGCUUUUUGGUUUUUAGGUGGUAUAGAGCCAGACAGGAUCCUUAAAAAGACCAGAAAGAAUUGUCCACUAACUAAGGACAUAGAGAAUGAACCUGUAGAUCGACCUAUGCAGAGUACUUCUACCCCGGCAUUGUGUGUUCGUGGCAAUCUUAGUCUUCCUGAAAUAGUGCCCUUAAACCAUUCCCUGUCUACCUCUGGGCAUGUUCCAGUUGAAACCUUAGAUCCCCGUGCCUAUGGCUACAAAUUCAAGCACGGUCAUGCCACAACUUUGACAGGGUUUUGGCCUGGGGAUAGUAAGGAACAUGCACAAAUUUGGUACCACACAGAUACUUGUUUGGAAAGAAGCAUGGCUUUGAUAUCUGACAAAUAUGUAGAAGAUUAUUUGCAGCAGAAAAUGAUUGUGGCUUCUUUCAGCCAGGCACUUGCACAUGCUAGUUAUUUGGGAUUUACUUGUGUGAAUGAAUUGACAUACCCAAUUGUACAGCAGUCUGUCAUAUCUGAUGGUAGAAAAUGGCAUUUUAGCACUUAUCAAAUGAACACUUGUGCCUUGCAUUCGGAGCGUGCUAUUGAAAAUCCAGUCAACAACAUUUUGUGGUUGAAUGAUGAACAGUUCUUAUUUGAGGCUGUUGAAGAUUCAGGUGUAAAGGGUUUCAAUGUUGAUGUUCUAGCGAAUCUUGUUGCCAUGUAUCUGAAGAAGGGAAUCACGAGAGAUGAUGCGACACCUUAUUUAGCUCCUUAUAAGUAUCUAGCGCACCACCCUGCUUCGGAAGAGUAUCGUCAGGAAUUCAGAGAUUUUCUCUGUAAUUACGUGCUAUCUGGACGUCCCCGACGAAUCCAAAAGCCUGAGAUAUAUCUGUGGGAAAAAAUCUACAAGAUAGACUUCAAGACACGACCAUAUGAGCCACCGAGGAGAUUCUUUGAACCCCACUAUGCACAGAAGCAUCCUGGUCAGAGACGACUCGAUGACUAUAGUGCAGUAUACAUACCAAAGGCCCUUAGGAAAAAUAAAAAAAUAAGAACAAAACCAAGAAUAAAUUCUGAAGAGCUGUUUAAAUAUGACUGAAGAAUCUCUUUUUGAAGUGCAGAAAUUCGUCAAUUGUAACAGACAGGUCGACAAAACUAAUCUUUCACAGAAGCUGAUGCAUUCUUAUGUCAAAAAUAUCCUCAGAUGCAUCAAAAGCAUUGCAGAGUAUACAUCUUUCUGAUAAAUAUAGGGCUUUUUUAAGAUAUGUUACGUUAUAUUUAAUGUAUCUUAUCUGUCAGUUGUAAUCACAGGACACUUAACAACUUUUAACUGUUGUUGGUACUUAAGGCACUGGUCUGCUUCAAAAUACUUCACUUGUGGUGCAAGACACUGUUUAACAGUAAUGUAGAAUUGCAUUUAUUCCAUAUUUCUGUAAUACCUACCAAGAAUAAUUGUUCAGAAACUGUUCUUUUCCUGUUAAUCCUAACAGUUUCCGCUUCUACCACCAAAUUAUGCAAGUCGCCGAGUGUCAAGUCAAUAUGACUAUUCUAUUCCAAGUAGUCAGUAGUCUUAAGGAGUCAAUUGCAGUUUAUAAUAUCAAGAAAAAAGUUUAUCGCUGUGAGCAAGCACCAAGAACAUGUCCUGGUGUAAAACACUGUAAGGAAGCCUGUAUUCCAGAACCCUUAAAAAAAAUUUGGCAAUUCGAUUCACCAAGAGUCUGGUUUGUGGAUGGUCCAUUGGAGCAUAGAAUUGCAAGUGUCUCAGGAGUCCCGUAAUGGAUUUUUCACUCUUGGAUAAAGCUGUAAUGGAAAAAAGGAUUUUUUAGGUAAUUGUUCAUUGUAAUAUAAUGUAAAUGGUAAUUUAAGAUUUUAUAAUUUAUGGAUUAUUUGUACAGGAGGAAGUAAAAAUCAGUAUACA